GCGCUGCCCGCUGGAUGUGGCGCACUAGCUGAAGAUGAGGCAUUAAUAAAAGAUGAGUUUGACGUUCAUUUCCUUUCUGCUGACUGAAACCCGAGCUGGAUCCAGAUAAAAGGGUUCCAUUAGACGGCUCCACAGGGAUGGGGGGAAGGGAGCAGAACACCAGUAGCCCUCCGAUUCCUGGAUGGCUCUGCAUAGAACCAGCAUCAGUGAGUAGAGUGGCGAGUGCUAGCUUUUCAGCCUAGAACGUCAAGUUGUAAUAUAGGACAUUUUCUCUGCUCCUGGUCAUGGAUUCCUAGAGAUUGACCGUGUCUUCAGCGUGUCUUUAGCGCUCUAGUUAAUGCUUCCUGUCCCUUUAAAUCCAUGACAUCACAGGUCCCCAUCCCCCUGCAGACUACAUUUCCCAGCCUGCCUUGCAGUGUGGAGGGAGGGGAGCGGAGCAGUACUGCAGCUGUAAGGAUGCUGAGCAGAUGCCGGAGAAUACUGUUCAGCUCUGGGUCCCCUGUUCCUGUCAGUCGUCUGCAGCGCUCAGACUUCUGCUGGUAGAUGUCCCAGUCUGGUCUGGGACUGACACAGACACUUCUGUACCUGCUGCAACUCUCAUCCUCCGACAUGCAGGCGACCCAGGGACUUCUACUGCAAAUGAAUGGUGGCCUUGGAUCUCUUGUGUGAUUGACUGGAGGCUGCUGUUGCCUUGGGAUCUUAUACCCUUCUGUCUGGUGCUUCAGGUCCUCACUUACCUGCUUCAGUCUGGCAUCCUGAGGGUCUUCAUCUUCUGGUCAUCACGUGGAGCUUUUAACCCUCUAUCUCCUGCAUCUCAUUUCUCCAGCAUCUUCACCUUUCAGCCAUUGUCGGUCUUCCACCACGAGCAUCACUUCUGUAGUAUCCAUCAUUCCUGCAGUGAUGUCUCCCUGGCUCCGUGCCCACCAUCUAACCACCAUCACAUCUGUCCAUCGCUGACCGUCCUGGCCUAGGUCCUUUCUUCUGUGUGUGGAGUUAUGUAGGGUCACAGGACAGCUCGGUGAUGACUUCAGGUCUCGGGGACCCGUCCUGGAUUUUGUGUAGUUGAUGUGUAAAUAACCUUUGCUUCCCUCCCUUCCGUUUUUUGGACUUGUCGCUCCUCGACCUCGCUCUGUCCAUGCUGCAUUGCUUGGCCUCGAUUCUUGCCGAGUUGUCUGCAUGGCCGCCCUCUGCUGUGUUCUCUGAUGACCAUGCUUAAUAUUCCCGCUAGAUCCUUUUACGUGGAAUUCUCUAAAUCUUUACAAUUGAGUUUAAUGAGAUUGUGCUUUUUUAACUGAUCAUUAAGGGUUAACCUCUCGUCUCCUCCAUCCCGUGGGAUUGUGUACUGCGGACAUAAGGCUGGCUAGGGAGCCCCUCACUGAAGCCUCUGUUCUGGGGGCCUCUUCCUGAUGAGAGCGGUCACUGGAGCCUUCUGUAGAGAUGCCCUCCCCAACAGAUUCCAGUUUUUCCCUUACUGGACGGACAUCCCGCAGCCUGUCCCAGCUGAGGCUCCACCGGGCUUGGACACAUGUGCUGCUAGCACUGGGGUUUGUGCAGGUGAUUCUGGGGGUCCUCAUAGUCACGUUCAGUCUGGUCACAGCUUCUAUCACCACAAACACCAAAAUCAAACACUCAUGUCCAUCGUGGGCCGGAUUUUCUGUAAGUUCUGCUUCUUUUCUGGAGUCGGUACCUACGCUCUGCUCUCAGCGUAGUCGGGGGGCCUCGGACCAUGAACAGUCAGUUCAUGGUGCUUCCUUCAGAAUGUGGCAGCCUGCCUUGUCUAGAAGGAUCUACUGAAAGGAUAUAUUACCUGAGGAGUAGGAAGACAUGUUGGGAAUCUGGGGUGCAGGACAGCUGUAUAAUGUGGGGAGAGGUGCGUAGGAGGACAGAUAUUUUGGGUGUGUGGAGUCCUGCUAGAUGAGCGGAGGACACAUAUUAGGUGUUGUGGAUGGCCGGGAGCAGUCUGAGCUCAGGUACUGAGAGGUGCGUGGAGGGGGUCAGGUAGUAUGAGUAUGUCUGUGGAGACAAUCACAGGACAGUCUGACGGGUGUAGAGUCACAGAAGGGUAUGAUGGGUGUAUAGAGUAGCGGAAGGAUCUGACUGGUGUAGAGAGUCGCGAAAAGGUAUGACUGGUGUAGGGAGUCGCGAAAAGGUAUGACGGCCGUAGAGAGCCACAGAAGGAUCUAACGGCCGUAGGGAGCCCCAGAAGGAUCUAACGGCCGUAGGGAGCCCCAGAAGGAUCUAACGGCCGUAGGGAGCCCAAGAAGGAUCUAACGGCCGUAGGGAGCCCAAGAAGGAUCUAACGGCCGUAGGGAGCCCCAGAAGGAUCUAACGGCCGUAGGGAGCCCCAGAAGGAUCUAACGGCCGUAGGGAGCCCCAGAAGGAUCUAACGGCCGUAGGGAGCCCCAGAAGGAUCUAACGGCCGUAGGGAGCCCCAGAAGGAUCUAACGGCCGUAGGGAGCCCCAGAAGGAUCUAACGGCCGUAGGGAGCCCCAGAAGGAUCUAACGGCCGUAGGGAGCCCCAGAAGGAUCUAACGGCCGUAGGGAGCCCCAGAAGGAUCUAACGGCCGUAGGCAGAAGGCCAUAUAAUAGACGUAGAGGGCUACGGAAGGAUCUGACAGGCGCAGGGAGCCAAAGAAACCCCUAUAACUGGCAAAGAGAAACCCAUAAAGAUCUGAUAGACGUAGAGGGUAACAGAAGUAUCUAACGGGUGUAGGGAGCCACAGAAGGAUCUAAUACUGGGGGUAGGGAGCCACAGAAGGAUCGAAUACUGGGGGUAGGGAAACAGAGAAGGAUCUAAAACUGGGGGUAGGGAAACGCAGAAGGCCCUAUAACUUGGGGUAGGGAAACGCAGAAGGCCCUAUAACUGGGGGUAGGGAAACGCAGAAGGCCCUAUAACUGGGGGUAGGGAAACACAGAAAGAUGCAAUGAGUGUAGGGAGCCACAGACGCCCUAUAACGGGCAUAGAGGGUAACAGAAGUAUCUAACCGAUGUAGAGGGUCACAGAAGGCCCUAUAACAGGCGCAGAGGGUCACAGUGGGAUUUAUAUUGGGUGUAGAGGGUCAUGGCUGGUGCUGUAGAUUCCAGAGAGCUGUGAUGGGGGUGGUGCUGACCGGACUUGUAAUAUUGUGUUAUAUUGAGGACCUGGUCACGUACACCAGUCUCCAUCCAUGUGUAUAAUGGUCACUUUCUAACACACUGUCCCUUUUUUCCUUCUUUCUUUUACCUUCCACCAUCCCUCCAUACAUUGACUCUUCACCCCCCAUUACCCUGUCUCUCCCGUUUUGUGGUCUUCUUCCGACCCUCUUUCCUCUUCCUUUGCUCGUCCUUCUCUUAGUUGGCUGUUUCAGGCCUCAUUGGCUGCAUCUCAUGGAAAAAGCCGAUCACUCUGGUGGUAAGUAUGGAGCCGAGGCUACCGGGUAAGGUUGGGUCGUAUUGAUCUUGAGCACGAUGCAUGGCAGGUUCUAGACUGGUAGAAAACUCACUAGACUAUUUGGAGCGAGCUUAUCAAUGUACGCAGGUAGGAUAGCACAAAGUGUUCAGGAAAAAUAUGCCCCACAAAAAGAAGCGGAUAAGGUGCAACUCCAGCCAGUGGGAUCUGGUGGGCAAGACAACACAGGACGGUAUAUACAGACUGGCUGGUGGCGAUAUACAGGCGGUGGCGAUAUAGUACUGUGAGGGGAGACUAGCAGCAUGAUGAGAGUGAUGCUGAAUCCUUCUUCCAGGUCACCGCCUUCACCCUAGUCAGUGCCCUGAGUGUAAUGCUCAGCCUGGCCGGCUCCAUCCUCUCCUGCCAGAACGGGCAGCUGGUGAAAUCCUUUAAUUCCUGUAAGAAGGUGAGUGUGCCUCCUGUGCUAUGCUCUCAGCCCCAGGCUCAUCAGAUGGGGCUCUUAUCACUGCACUCUCUUCCCCAGGACAAUAACUGGUGCAUUUGCUGCCACCCCAUCAGCCAGCAGGAGGCAGUACCUGACUGCAGGGAAAUGGAGAAGCUGACCCUGUAUCCCAACCAUCAGUGUGACAGCAUCCGCAUCGCUCUGAAGCUGGCCCCUCAGAGAUCAACCUCUGUCAACCUGGAGUGCUUCUCUGCACAAGACGCCAUCCUGCAGCGCAUGAUGGAGUGUGAAGAGUUUGUGCCCCCUGUUCCUCCACCUCCAUAUUAUCCUCCAGAAUACACCUGCAGCUCGGAGACAGAUGCCCAGAGUAUUACAUACAAUGGAUCCAUGGACAGCCCCAUCCCUCUCUACCCAGUAGACUUCCCACCAUCAUAUGAGAGUGUGAUGGGGAUCCGAGAGGACAGCCAGGCCACAUUAUACGAUGCCCAAGCGAAUGAAGUCUUGUGUCUAAGCAUAUCAGACAGAAUCGACUCCACAGGCCACAGUGGUAAUGAGGACAGCAGUCCCUCAGAAGACUCUGUACUGCUGGAGAUGCAAGGCUCGGCCGGAUCUGUGGGUUAUGUCCAGUAUCGCUUCAUCAAGCGCAGCCGGGCUGACUACUGUCUCAGUGCUGAUUGCGGACAAUGUGGACAUCACCAGCAGAGCCCUACCAUAAGUCUGCAGGGACCUUUUGAGGAAGUGGUAGUUCCUCGAGUGAAAGGGGGGCGCUCUUUCUCCUGUUCUACACCCAGUGAUUGCCCCGAUCCUCCUUCCCAUGCAGAAAGUGGUGCCACACGGAGCUGUAACAGGCUGGAAACCAUUGGGUGCACAGUUGGUCCUUGUUUUCCAGAGUUACGAGUAAAAGGAAAGGUUUCGGAUGGAAGAGAAGUAAACAGGGGGUCUGGGUGUUCCCUGCUCCACAGCUCUCCCUGCCAGACCCCAGACUGUCCCCACCGCAGGUACAGUGAGAACACCCGGCCAAAGGCCCUGUCCAUAGACGUCACUCCCCGACUUGUCAUCCGCUCACACAGUGACCCAGGCAUCAGUUCAGAUUUUGGGGUCCCUGAUUACAGCAAGGUGCUAGAGGAGGACAGUGUCUCGACUUCCUCUGUGGAUGCAGGAUUAUAUGAAGGAGCCGGUUUACACAGACUGCGGCCGCCUGGCUCGCCAACGCUCCUUCGCACUAAUUCAGAUGGAAAGAGCAGGAUGCAUUUUACCCGUAAAGCCGUUCAGCGACUUUCCAGAAGUGGAGCUCUGUCUCUGGGAGACCUGAAGGGAGGGCGCAAUACCCGGGUGCUGGUGGCCAGGUUCCUGAAUAGGUCUCGGCGGAGUCUUAAGGAUGGAGGAGACAGCUGCAAACCGGCUCCGAAGAGUCCUCUUUCCUUCGAUUACGAGAGACGUCAGGCUGGGACACCCAUGCAGAGUUGUGGAGACCUCAGCUCUGCUUCUUCUCUACGUCGUCUUCUGUCCACCAGUCGGAGAGAAAACCGACGUCCUCAUAGCAUGAAUGGAACGUGUAAAGAGAGCCCUGAGUAAAGAGACUGCUCACCCAGAGACAUCACCUGCAUCCCGCCGCCGACGACAAGCACAAGAAGUGACCUUACAGCUCAGACCUCCUGAUUUCAUGCUUGUAGGACUUGCGCUGAGGGACACUGGGUCCAGGUUCUCACCUAUUUGCUUUGCAUGUUGAUUUCUUGCUGCGCUCAGAGUCCACACCUCCUGCACAUUAAGGGCUACCAACAAACUGUGCCCCGAGUCCUUCAGUAUUAUGGAGACUGCUCCCAGGGAGGAAUAAGAUCUUGUGUGUCAUAUUUUACUAAACCGUCUGAUG